CGCGCACACACGCACGACGUACACACGCUCUACAACACACACACACACACACACAUAUACAAAUAUGGCGGCCUCUAUUUCACCGCUACGCUCCUCCUUCAGGAUUUGCAGCCCGUUAACGUUACACCAUGACUGCUGCCGGGCCAAACUGCGGAUGCACAGAAAAUGCGACAGUCAAAGGAGACAUCUACACCAGUCGGCGACGAGGCACGCCGCUGUGGUGAUUUCAGGGACAGAGUUGGCUCGUCAGCUGCACAGAGAAAUCCAGCGUGAUGUGGAGGAGUUGGUUGCCCAGGGCAACAUGAGACCCCACCUAGGAGUGGUCAUAGUGGGCGACGACCCGGCCAGUCGUACUUAUGUUAGGAACAAGACUCGGGCAGCCAGCGUCCUAGGUAUUUCCAGUGACACAGUGGUGCGGCCCAGCUCGGUCUCCCAGGAGGAGCUGCUGGAGCUGAUUGACAAGAUGAACCGUGACUGGAGGGUCAGCGGCCUGUUGGUGCAGCUGCCGCUUCCUGAACACAUCAAUGAGCGAGCAGUGUGUAAUGCCAUCGCUCCAGAGAAGGAUGUGGAUGGCUUCCAUAUUGUGAAUAUCGGUAAGCUGUGCCUGGACCAGAGAUCCAUGGUGCCCGCCACACCUGCGGCUGUCUGGGAGAUCAUUAAAAGAGCAGGUAUUGAGACGGUGGGAAAAAACGUGCUGGUAGCUGGUCGAUCCAAAAAUGUUGGAAUGCCCAUCGCGAUGUUGCUGCACACCGAUCGCAACCAUGAACGCCCAGGAGGUGACGCCACAGUGACCAUUGCCCACAGAUGUACACCGAAGGAACAGCUGAAGGAGUUAACCAGCCUAGCUGACAUCAUUAUUGCAGCUGCAGGUGUUCCCAGGCUGAUCACAGCGGAUAUGGUGAAAAAGGGCGCUGCAGUCAUUGACGUGGGCAUAAACCGCAUUCUGGAUCCAAAAACGGGAAAACUCCGGCUCAUCGGUGACGUGGACUUUGAGGGAGUGAAGGAGAAGGCAGGUUUCAUCACACCUGUUCCCGGGGGUGUGGGUCCCAUGACGGUCGCCAUGCUGAUGAAGAACACUGUGACCGCUGCCAGAAACGCACUGAUGCAUUAAACACACAUUAUUAGGCUGUGUGUUUUAUUGAAUCAUAAUGCAAACAGCGUAUGCAUUCAUGCUUUCAUACAAAAACCAGUUCGUUAGGUUUGUAUACACGCACAGACACAAACACAAACAUGUAACACACUUUUAUUUAAAAAAAAAAAAAAAAAAAUCCACAAAGUCAAGACUCCAUACCUGCUGGGAAACUUACUUGAUAUGUACUUUGUUUAUAUUGUGAAUUUGUUCAUUUAUUUAUUUAAGUUAUUUAUUUCAGAGUUCGCUUUUUAAGAAUUUAGAUUAAUAUUUUUUCUACUGAAGUUGAUUUGGUUCAUUUUUGAACAUCCAGGUUCACUGGUAAAUAAAACUUAAAUAAAAAAAAAGAAAAAAAA